GAAAAUAGAAUUGCUUGCCGCAUCGUACUGAAAAUCGCCUUUUCCUGUAAACCUUUUUAGCAGAAGAUGGUGUGAUUGUGAUGCAAUUGAGUGAUAUUUGAAAAGAAUUUGUCUCGGAACCCAGUGUUCAUCGUUUAUGCGCUCGUCGAAAUUAGCUCGGUCAACAGUAUAUUUUCAAACAAACUAACAAAAUGAUGACCCGUCGGAAAUCUGUGCAUGAGUUGUCGCUUCAAGCUCAGCUACAGCAUCAAGAGCGUACGGCAGAGGAAAAUCAGCAUGUCGCGGGAGCAAACCAGGCCAGCGCUGGUAAUGUACUGCCACCAGCGACUUCUGGCUACAAUCCUUCUAUAGUAGCACAAACCAGCGCAACAGCGAUAAGUAACAUAUCUGGGACGAAUACGAGCUUUUCCAGCGCAUCGCCAAGUGGUGUAACCUCAGUACCCACAAGCACAAACGUUAAGACUGCCUCUGUUAAUCGCAGCAAAACUCCCAGGAUUACCAAACGAAGCGUCCCGAUCGAUGGAGCUUCAUCGAAUGUUCCUCAGUCAACGGUCGUAUCUUCUCCUCAAUCAACUUCCGGAAUAAGUAACUACAGUGUCCACGCAGGAGGAGGUGGUAAUUCAGCGGCGGGUGGUGUGGGAGGUGGGGGAGGAGGAGGUGGAGCAGCUGCUGCCUUUAUCGGUCCUAUAGCGAAUCCGAUGCAGCAGACACUCAUGCAGAACGGCAUGGAUCCAGACGAGAUACCAAAGUUUAAGGGUUACCGUAUAAUCGAAAUCGAUCACUUCCUGCAGUGGGCUGCCUAUUCACAGUUCAUGCACUCGAAGCACUGUCCCGGGGGAUUGCUGAAACCGUACCAGGAGUACAUCAGUGGGUGCUACUCAACGUUUGCGAUGAAGUGCAGCAAAUGUUCGGCGAUUAUCACCCGAUCGUCGGAAAACUACAUCCACCAUAACAAACUGAUGAACCGGCUUGUCAAAGGAACUGUGCAAAUGGGCAAGGAUUACGACGAAAUGCAGCAAUUCAUGGAAUCGCUCGAGAUCCCGUUCGUCACGCGGGACGAGUUCCAGUCGAUCCGUGGGCAGGUGAGCUCUUCGCUGGAGGAUCAAUCGGCUUUGCAGCGAGCAGUGGAGGAGCUGGAACGGGCAUCGGUUGCUUCGAAACGGAAGCGUCACGGUAGCUGCAAGUAUCACUACGAGGUGCUGAAGGUUUACCUCAAUAAGAAGAUGAAAAAGAUUGAGGAGAAUCUGCAGCUUUCGGUAAACGAUUCGGUCGCCUUGGCGGUAAAUGCCCAUUUGAAAAAUGUGUCCCACGUACAGCUGAUGCCCAACGGUCACAGUAGCAACAUGAACUGUACGAUCAUAGGCGGCGGAGGAGCGAUCGGUGGAACACUGACAGGAGCGAACGCUAUAGCAGGCUAUGGAACAGGUCCAACAGUAACCAGCAUAGGAAAUAGUAACAACAGCAUUGUGAAUAGUGGGCAAAUGGUAGCGUUGAACGUAAAUAUGGGCGGCAACCAGCGGGCUGGACCCAGCGGUAUGACCCUCGUAGAACCAUCGGUCGUAAGUGCAAACGUAAGUGGCGGUGCUAGGCUUCCCUUGGUGAAUCGUGAUAUGCAUCACUGACCACUGGAACGAAUGGAAUGGCUUGGCCAGUGGCUACCGGAUGAUUGAACAACAGUGCGUGCAUGAUGAAGUAGUUACUCGAAUAGUCAUCGCGAUAUCCAAUUCACUCAUUUAUAAAGUUCCUCCAAUUUACCGAAAGCCACGCGAACAACAACGUAGGUUCAAUACCAUACGUGGAUCAUCCUUUCGGGACGCAAUGGACGGGAAAGCUAUACCAAAACUAUGUGCCAAUGGAAGAAUAAGUUGACGGAGCGUAAACCGUGAGUUACGCGUUAUCUCGCCGCAGUCAUAUUUAGCCGUAGGAAACAAUUUAACUCAAAUCUCAAAGGAGCACAACCAACAGCAAGUUGUGUAAAUACCAUAAAUAGCGUUAAGGGAUAUUGAAGAAGCCUCCGAGCGCAAAGACGAAAGUCAACACGAAAAUGGGAGUAAAAUCGAAUUGUCGUGGAUAUUUAAAAGUUCAUUCUAGAAAACUCGCAAGUAAGUACAUCCUUGCGCUUGGGUGAGUAUAUCGUUGCUACUCUUUUAAUUUACAUUAUCCGAGGGCUUUUUAGGUACAUAUAAAAUUGAUACGGUCUUUUCUUGUGAAAAAAUAGAUAUACAAGGAUGCAACAGGAGUAUUGUAGGAAUUACUAAAAUCAACACACUGUUAUUUUAGUGAUUCAACAGUAUAUAUUUUAUUAACUCCUUCACAGUUUUGCCCUGAGCCUGACUCGGGAAAGCGGAUGGAAUUUGUACUGAGUCUGGAUCCGGCAGUUUUUCGUCAAACAUUUU